AUGAUGAACGACCUGAUCUCCGAGAUGGGCAGAGGGAGACGAGCGGCUUGGGGAGUAUUCAAGAGCAUCGAGAAUGUAGUGAAGAGGACCAGAAACAUCUGGCUCCGUGCUCACCUAUUCAAAACCACCGUUCUUCCUGCUUUGGCCUACGCUUUAGAAACGUUGGCGUUUCGCAAGCAGGAGGAAAAUGCGAUCAGCAUCAUAAAGGAUGAAGGAUAA